AUGUCUCUGAUCAAACAACUUUUUGCUUCCUCCUAUGGAAAAGACCGGCCAGAUUUCUUCAUCUGGUAUCCCAAGGGUACACUGGCAAGUGAGAAGAAGCUGCUCUUCAAGAUUGACUUCUUCAUCUUGACCUAUGGAUGUCUCGCUUACUUCACCAAAUGGCUCGACCAGGCCAACCUCAGCAACGCAUACAUCAGCGGUAUGAAGGAAGACCUUGGGAUGUUUGGUACCGAGUAUAAUCUGGCUACGACCUGUUUCCAGGUAGGGCAGAUACUGGGACCUAUUCCUGCCAAUCUGCUGCUCACUUGGAUUCCGCCGAGGAUUUUGCUACCGGGCUUAGAGUUGCUAUGGGCGGCUCUCACGAUUGCGACUUACAAAGUGUCAACGGUCGACCAGCUUUAUGCAAUCAGAUUCUGCGUCGGGUUUUUAGAAGGCAGCUGCUUCGUGGGAGUCCAAUACGUGUUAGGUUCAUGGUACAAAAGGACGGAAAUAGGGAAGCGAACCGCCAUCUUCGCUUGCGCCGCAUACGUUGGUACCAUGAUAUCGGGCUAUCUUCAGAGUGCGGUACUCGCAGGCCUAAACGGCACCAAUGGCAUCGCCGCCUGGAGAUGGGUUUUCAUCAUUGAUGGUGUGAUUACAGUUGCUGUUGCCAUUUACGGGUUCAUCUUCUUCCCAGAUACCCCGCACACUACCAAGGCCUUCUAUCUCAGUGAAGAAGAUAAACGUCGAUCGGUAGAGAGGUUGAUUGAAGAUGGACGCGAGGAGCGUUCGAAUUUCACCUGGGACCUUUUCAUCAGAGCAGGCAAAUCGUGGCAGCUAUACGUUCUUACCAUACUGUGGAUGUUUUGGAACACGACCGUGGGAAAAGUAGCCAACACUGUCAUGCAACUGUAUCUGAGGUAUGACACGGAACAUACUUGGUCACUAUAUCAAGCAAAUAACAUCCCAACGGCCAUAAACGGUUUCAACAUCGUCAUGAUUCUUGUUGGCAAUGUUUACGUCGACGCCACCGGAUGUCGCAUGACAGCAGUUGCAGUGAACCUGGCUAUUCUUCUCUUCGGCACCAUCUGUCUGGUAGCAUGGAACAUUCCCCUUGGCUUACGAAUGGUAUCGUACCUCUUCGCUGGACUCGACGGGCCACUGUCGCCAAUCUACAUGGCGUGGGCCAACAUUCUCUGCUCUGGCGACUCGCAGGUUCGUGCGCUGACCAUUGCCACUAUGAACUCGUGCGGUGCCGCUCUUACCACUAUUAUCCAGCAAUUUCUGUAUCCAGUUACCGACGCGCCGGAAUAUUUCAAGGGUUUCCGGGCAAGUCUGGGGUUUGUAUGUGGCAUGUGUAUUUGGGUCGUCAUCGUCAGGCUGUUUGAGAUGAGGGCUGUCCGUCAACAGGAGGAGAACGUUAUUACUGGGGAGGAGGAUUGUGAGGCUGAUGCAUCGGUUCGUGUGCCCUCCGAGAUCAAGGAGUAA